AUGGCUGCUUCCAAGCCUGCUUAUAAAGUUGCUGACAUAAAACUUGCCGAAUUUGGACGUAAGGAGAUCAUUAUUGCUGAGAAUGAGAUGCCCGGAUUGAUGGCUAUGCGAAAAGGGUAUGGGCCAUUGCAGCCAUUAAAGGGUGCUCGCAUAGCAGGAUGUCUUCACAUGACAAUUCAAACCGCCGUUCUCAUCGAAACUCUUGUCAAGCUCGGAGCCGAAGUGCAGUGGUCAUCGUCUAAUAUCUUCUCCACGCAAGAUCACGCUGCAGCAGCCAUAGCCGCAGCUGGCAUUCCAGUAUAUGCAUGGAAGGCCGAGACGCUUGAGGAGUAUGACUGGUGCAUCGAGCAAGUGAAUGUUGCUGGAUUUGAAAAAAGCGCUCUAAUCGCUUUCAGUAGGAGUAUGUUAGCAAAGCUAGCUCACAAAAAUGUUGCAGACUCUGAUCUUCAAAGACGGUCAGCCUCUUAA